UCUCUCACUAUAUAUAUUUCUGUCUAUCUUUUCAAUCUUUAUCUAUCUCACAGUCUUUAUUUAUUGCUCUUUCUUUCCUCCCUGUCUGUCUUACUCUACUUGUCUGUCUUACCCAUCUUUGUCAGUCUGUCUGUUUGUAUCUGACUGUCUGUCUGUCUGUCAGUCUGUAUAUGACUGCAUUGCAAUGGCCACCAAGCAUAAACUUGAUUCAAACGAUCCACACUAUCAAGAGGGGAGACGCAUGGCUCUGGAGCUGAAACAUGAACGCAUUCUAGCUGAAGCCAAGAGAGCAGCUGAUGCGAGGAAACAUGUACGAGACCCUCCACACACCUCUAAAAGGGACUCUGUAGGACGUGGUAAGCCGAGGGGGAGGCGAGGAGGGCGACGCCAAGCCCCCACUACAGCCACAUGCCCCACUGUUGAGUGCUCCCUGUCAUCCAGUGUGGAGGUUCCACUUACUGCAACCUCAACAAAACUAAAUCCUCAAGAGGAAUUUGAAAAAAAUAUGGAGAGGCUCUCUGAUAUUUUGGCGUCAUGUCCUUCUGCUGCUCAGCCUCAAAGUAGCUCUGCGUCAUCAUGGUCUUUUCGGCAGCAGAAAGCCUCAGAGCGCUGGAAAGAAGCAAGACCAUACCACCUAAAGUGCCUUAUGUCAAAAGAGGCUGUUGGUCAUCCCCUGUAUUGGCUUUGCAACGAGCCUGCUGUGAUUAGGUGCAGAGAGUGUCUUCCUGAGGAGUGGUUCUGUGGGGACUGUGAUGUAUUGCAUCACAAAAAACAGCCACUCCACAACAGGGAAUGUGUGAUUCGUGGUUUUUUUGAAGCCAUUCCUCCGACCACAUGCAUCAUUAAAGGGGAAGAUGGAUAUUGCACCCAUGAGCAAGGUACUUUCUCAAGAAAGCGCUUUAAUUUUGUUGUUUAA